UGACCGUCUCCAUGGUGAUAGCCGAGGGCGGAAGUGGGCAGAGUGCUUCCGGGUGAGAGCUGGAGAAGGCACGCUUCUGGACAGAGUACCGUAACGAUGGCAGCGCAGUUACAGGAGAAGCUCCAGGGCGAGGUCACCAAAUACCAGCAGGUGCAGAAAGAUAUCAGCAGCAGUAUGUCUGCCCGACAGAAGCUCGAAGCUCAGCUCACUGAGAACAACAUAGUGAAAGAGGAGCUGGCUCUGCUGGAUGACAGUAACGCCGUGUACAAACUGAUCGGGCCGGUCCUGGUAAAGCAAGAUUUAGAAGAAGCAAAGUCCACGGUGGACAAGAGAUUGCUGUAUAUAAACGGAGAGAUAAAGAGAUAUGAAACUGUGCUGAAAGACCUGGAACAGCGAUCAGAACAACAACGCACGUCCCUGGCGAAGCUGCAGCAAGAAUACCAGCGGGCGCAGGGCAAGGGGGCAGUGAAGGCUUGAGAGAGCGACACCCCCCCAUCACUCUGUUUAUACACUGGAAGGACAUGGCUCGUAAUGUUCUCCUGGUCACACGCCAUCACGCCAGGCUGUAUCCUGCACAUCUGUUAUUAAACGUGUUCACAGAA